UUUCCUGCGGGCAACAGAACGAAGAUCAAUGAACCAGGCGAUUUACCGAAACUGGUUGGACGGGCUGAGGUGGGAAUAAACCAUCGACACGGUAAUAUUGUUUUUGUUUGAGACGUCAAACCUCUAAAUACCGUUUUUUUUUCGGGAGCGACCGACACCAGAAGAGUGCGAUGUGGAAAAAUUACAGUUGUACUGUAGCCUAAUAGACCAGUGAUUCGUUUUGUACGGACAUAUUCUGUUAUUCACAGCUGAAUCGAGAACGAAGGAAUAUUAAUGAUGAUCUUUGCAAACACCGCCAAUCCAGUGAGGACACCUUAUCGAAAGCAGCCUCCUGUUGCUCCGCCCACUCUUCCAAUGGCUCCGCCCAGCCCAAGCACCAAUAGCAGCACGAAUAACAGCAGCAACAGCAGCACAACCGGAUGGGAGCAGCUCAGCAAAACCAACCUUUAUAUCCGCGGCCUGCCCCCAUCCACCACAGACCACGACCUUGUCAAACUCUGUCAGCCGUAUGGAAAGAUUGUCUCCACAAAAGCCAUCCUGGACAAGACCACAAACAAAUGCAAAGGUUACGGCUUUGUGGAUUUUGAUAGUCCAGUGUCAGCUCAGAAAGCUGUGGCAGCGCUAAAGAACAACGGAGUUCAAGCUCAGAUGGCCAAGCAACAGGAACAGGAUCCGACCAACCUGUACCUGUCCAACCUGCCAGUCUCCAUGGACGAGCAGGAGCUGGAGAACCUCCUCAAGCCCUUCGGACAGGUCAUCUCCACUCGCAUCCUCAGAGACGCACACGGCGUGAGCCGAGGCGUAGGCUUCGCAAGAAUGGAGUCUACGGAGAAGUGCGAUGCCGUGAUCUCUCACUUUAACGGGAAGUUCAUUAAGUCCGCGUCUGGAAUGCUGGGUGCGUCUGAGCCCCUGCUCUGUAAAUUUGCUGAUGGAGGACAGAAGAAGCGACUGAGUCAGACUAAAUACGUCCCCAACGGACGAAACUGGACACGGGACGCCGAGAGCGGGAUAACAUUGACCUAUGACCCCAAUGCUGCUGCGCUCCAAAAUGGGUACUACACCCCUCACUACAGCAUGGGAAACAGGAUAAUGACCCAGACUGCUGUGUCUCCCUACAUCUCACCUGUCUCCACUUACCAGGUUCAGAGUCCCUCCUGGAUGACACAUCAGCCUUAUAUUAUGCAGCAUCCGGGAGCUGUUCUGUCGCCCUCUAUGGAGCAUCCCAUGUCUCUGCAGCCGUCCUCCAUGUUGACUCCUCUGACCCAGCAGAUGGGCCACCUCUCCUUAGGCGGCACUGCCACGUUUAUUCCGGCAAAUACACCUAUGCAAGGAGCAUAUAUUCCUCAGUAUGCUCAUAUCCAACCCGCUGCCAUCGCCACUGAGGAUCCCAGCGUGCAGCCGCAGGAUGUGAACUCCAGUGAUCCUUCCACCUACCCAUUCCAACCUAACAAGCAAUAAAAGGGUGAGGAGUUUGGAGGCGGAGUCAAAAGAGGGCUGCUAUAAUUUACAGGCUAAUCUUCCUUGUCGAGGAAGUGACACAUCACAGAGGAAAAGACACCUUUUUUUGCACAGGUUCCAAAAAGAAAAUAAGAAAACAACAAAAAAAAAUAAACAGGAAAAGUCCACGGUUUAAUCAACUCCGACAACCUCAAAGACCCGCAGCAGGUGCAUCAGCAACCAAAACAAUGCAACUCAUUACAGGAAGACAGACAGACAGACAUGGGAGAGAAGUAGACGUUUUAUUUUGCUAACGAAAUGGAAACAAGACGAACGCUUAUUUUUUACCAAGGACUUCGGCACAGACCAAAGUCUGUGGACACUGGACUCCAAAAAAAAAAAAAAAUGCAGUGUGCUAGUACCUUUAGAUGCAUGAGAGGACUUUUUAGUAUGGUUUUUAGUGUGUUUUUACUGACCGUUUAUCACACACACAUAUAGACACACACUUAAACACACAAGAAAAGAACAUUUGCUGUGGUAGUAGCAACGAGGAGGUUUCUUUUUUUGCUUUUGUCUUCCGCACUUUGCCUUCUUGGUCCGUAGUAACAGUAAUUUGCCUUGUAAAUACAGUAGAGCGGGGUUUUAGAUGAAAACGCUCGACGGCUGUUGUUGCUCUUCUCUCCUGUCUGUCAAAGCGGAUAAUUCACAUGCUUUACUCGAGGCUGUUCUUUACACAAUGCAGGUUGUGUAACGUGUGUGUGUGUGUGUGUGGUUCUCACGGGAAAGACGAAAUCUGCUGUCCUCUGCCUUCUUUUUUCAGUCAAACUUGAUGUGGUAGUUGUAGUUGAAGCUGUUGUUAGUUUGGGAGGGGCGAUUACAGUAGGCGGGGUGGGGGGGGAGGGGGGGAUGGAAUUUAGGGGCUUGGCUCGAUGGGCGGAGAACGGAGUAUAGAUUAUAGGGGACGUGCUCGACCUUGGGAAGAUACACCGUUCGUUAUUAGUAAUAGUUUUUCAGAGAGCAGAUUAUGACGCUUUUUUUUAUUUCAAUGGCAGUUUUUUCCUUUUAUGUUUGAACACAGUGUGUAGAAAUUUCUUGUAAUGAGAGGCAGAAGUGCAAUGUUUCUUUAGCUAGAAAGCAAGAGUUGUACAGAACAAGAGUUAAAAAAAAAAAGAGAGAGAGAGAGAGAGAGAGAGAGAGAGAUCCAUUUUUAUAACAAAAUCAAUCAUUGGGAGGUAAAUCCCGGAUUUUUUUUUUUUUUUUUUUUUUUUUUUUUUUUUUUGCGAUUUUUUUUUUAUUCCGCAGUUAUCCCUCCAGUUCAUGGCAAUAUUAAGGGCUGCAGCUGUCAAUCAGAAACGGAUAUAAUAUGCAGUGACUUCAGAAUCGAGUUCGAAAUGCAUUCAUUCUGUUUAAAAAAAAAAAAAAAAACAGCGUGUGAGGGUUUCGUAGUGAAAGGGACAAACUUUCGGGGAAGCUUUUAGAUGUACAAUUUAAAAACGAGUCCUGCAGAGAAAAGAAUUAAGGCAAUAAAAAAUAUAUAAAGAAAGGCAAUUAAGAUACUUUCCACCAAAGACCAUCAAAAUGUUCCCAUCAGUAUGGACUAAAGCAAAAGGAGCAGGUGUAAGCUAGAUCUAUGUGGAUAUUUGGAAAUUGUGCCUUUUUUGCCAACUCGGUUUUGAUUAAGUUUAUAUUUACUUAUAUCCUCAGACAUGAAGUAUCUGGAAAUAAGAAGAAAUACACGAAAAUAAUCAAAGGCUAAUGAUGCAGAUUCAAAAGAGACUUUGGUCUUUAAUAUUGAUAAUUCAACAGAGUCACGUUUGUCGUUUUGUUUCGUUUCGUUUUGUUUUGAAUUUUUUUUGCAGCUGUUUUCUUUUGAUGUCCAGGUCAGCUUGGCCGUCGAUCUACCUCAGAGUUGUAUCUGUCGUCUGAUUGGUCAGGUUUGCAGGUCUAUCCUGCCCAAUCAGGAGGAAAAACACCAGCUCUGGAGCUGGGAUCAUACAGGACUUUGCAUUUUAACACAUCUGUUCAUCCACUUCUUCAAAGGAAACAUUUGUGGGGUUUUGUUUUUGUUUGUUCUUUUUUUUUUUUCCCUUUUUUUUUGUAUUUUGAUGUUCUGCAUUUAGCCGUCUGGAGAGCUCCUAAAAAAAAAAAAAAAAAAGUAAAAAAUUAAAAAAAAAAAAAAAAGUAGGCCUCUUUGUUUUGAAAAAGCUGUGGCGGUUGAGAAAAGCCUAUGUGACUGCUUUGAAAAAAUAUUUUUACGACUGUGUUUGAUAAAAAGACGAAUCAUGUUCUGUAUCCAAACAGAUCACAAGCUCUACCAGGUCGCUGCAGUCUCGCUCAGUUUACCGAGGCUUAGUUCAAGCAACCAAAGCAACACAUUAUGAGAAGUAUCUAGAUGAGGGAAAUUUUUUUUCAGUUUCUCCUGGCACAAUCUUUCAUGUCAAUACAGUGGUUAAAGGGAAAAAUGUUCAUGAAGCAAAGAAAUGCUACAUAGGUUUCACAGAAACAGUGACACUUUUUUUUUAAUAUCGCUUCAUUGUACACGCCACACUUUUGUCAGUGGUAGCUUGUACAUCCAACAAUAACAACCACAAAACCUGCUCCUGUGUUUUGUUUCUAUUCUACAACCUGUCAAUUAUUAUUAUUAUUUUUUUUAUUUAAACGCUUUUUAUCUUUUAUUUCUAUGAUGAAUUCCUCUGUGAAAAACUUUUGAAUUAAAGACAGAGCUCAAACCUG